AUAUCACAGCUAAUAGGGACAACGGGAGUUGAAAAAUCAUCGAGCCGCGCCCGGCGUCUCAGUCACAUUGUGAGUCCUGGCCGGUUCGGACGCGCAGCAGAGUAAGACCGCACAAUGAGGGCGUUCCUCGCGUUAGCCGUGUUGGCCUCGGUUGGCCUCGUGAUGGGAGAUACUGGUGGUGGCGGCCACAGCUCCGGCGGCCACAGCUCUGGUGGCCACAGCUCUGGCGGCCACAGCUCCGGUGGCCACAGCUCUGGCGGCCACAGCUCUGGCGGGCACAGCUCCGGUGGCCACAGCUCUGGCGGGCACAGCUCUUCAGGAAGCUCCUAUGCGGCUCCUGCCGCCUCCUCCAGCUACGCGGCUCCCGCCGCCUCCACAAGCUACGCGGCUCCUUCCAAGGGUGCCGGAGGAGCCGGCAGCACCGGCUACUACUACUACUACUACCCCGUGCAGGAGCACCGGCCCCAGUCGAGCGGCGGCGGUGGCGGCCUGGACCUCAUCGGGCCGCUGCUGCUGGUCGGUCUGGUGGGCAUCGGCCUCCUGGGGCUGCUCGCCGCGGCCGCCUACGCCGCCAACAACAACAACAACAACGGCAAUGGCAGGGAUCUGCUGCCCACCAUCCCGGACGAGCUCUACGACUUCAUCCACAGCCAGGAGUUCAACAGGAUCGCCACCUUCGCUAUCAAGUCCAUCGCGAAAAGGUGGUAGCGAGCUAAGCAGGGAACCAUGCAUCCGGCAUUCUAUUUAAGCAUGACUGGCGGAAAGAGGAGUUCGGGACCAAGCCCGGUGAAGCAGGGACGGCUUACCAAGAGCAGCCACCUCUGUGCCGACGCCAGACAUCCGCGGCGAUGCGAGGUCGGGGUCGUGGAUUGAGCGGCCUGCGCUGAACAGAGCACGAGGUGGUGACGAGGCCCGUCCGGGCUGCGGUUCGGGCGGCAGCGAGUGCAAGUUUUGUGUGCUGUAGGCCUGCCCCGCGCCGAGGCUGGGUGCAGGCGAUGUUGUUGUCCGAGAUGCUGUUGUCCGGCGUUCAUGUUCGUCCGUCCGCGCCGCGGGCGCCGUCCACUGGCGGCCGGCUUACUUGUACGUCCGUUGUAUGCGUUAGGUCACGUUCAUUCGUCCGUAAGUCCGUCCGUUAGUAAAAGGUCUACGACGUUCGUGUGGACGUUCGUGUGACCUGUUUGUAUGUUUUGUUUGCUUGUCUCUGUGUUUUGUCUAUUCGAUCAGUGUCCUGUUUAUUCAGUUGGUGUUUUUAAUUCGUCGUUUGUCCGCGUGCCGGUUUGUUUGUCUAGUGUUUUUCGUUCGUCUCUCCGUUUGCCCGUGACUUUUGUUUGUUGGUCGUUUUCGUCGCACUGUCCUUCCGUUCAUCCGUGACAUACAUGUUUGCGUCUUCAUUCGUCGCCGCCCGUUUUGUUUCGUGUUUGUCGUUGUCCCCAUGUGCCGCGUGAGUUUGUAAUCAUCCGCAUCCACGCCUCUGAAAGUGUUGAUAUGUUAUUUAUUGCUCUUGAAUUUAUUUUUCCCGCGACAGCGGUUUCUCAACGCACUCAGUUUGCUCACCAAGCCAUCACACUCACCGAUGCUCUCCAUGAUAACACCAGCGCUUCAUCCCAUGGCCAUGGCAGUCGUGAACAGUAAACUCCACAUGCACCACAAGCCAUGCCUGCUUACUUCCCUUUGACCCCGGUGUUUGGGAGUGAUGAUUUCCAUAGACAGGUAGUUCCAAUGCCCGUAGAACACUAUUACACUGUCAGCACAUCACCCUACCAACUGCCUUCAUCUGCUGAUGUUAUGAUAUUUCUGUAUGGCCCUAAGACAUAUAUGUUGAGGGCUCAUGGCUCAAUGGAUGUGAUACGUUUGUACUUCUCCGAGCCACUGACAUGGUGUUACGAUGGUGUCAACUGCUGUCGACGAGCGCUUCAGCAGCUGCCUCGCCAGGGUCGUGAUGUACAAAAGAGCCGUUCCGACCUAGUGGACCUGGGAAUAAUCGUCUGAAUAUUUGUGCGUGCAAGGCUGUCUCGAGGCUGUCUCGGGGCUGCCUCGGGGCUGCCUCGGGGCGAGGCUGUCUCGCGUUCGCUCGGCCAGCUAAUAAAUCAUAUUUGAAAGGAA